GCAGAAUAUUGAUAACUGCAGCAUCUCUGCAUACAAUGCUUGAAACAAAGGUUUUUCUACAACUCAAUUCUGCAGAAUGCAUGAAUCGUUGCAAAUUAUUGUUACUUGUGUAUUAAUGUGUCUCUCAGGUCAUAAGGGAGCUGAUACACAAAUUGAUGUAGUAGCUGACGCCAAACUAAUUGUAGACAACAAUAGAGCAGAACUAAUUGUGAUGAGAAUUAUACCAUUUCGAACUCCAGAACAACGUAAACAAAUCAACGAUCAUAUUCGUCAAUUGGAUUAUACACCUUUAAUAGAUCCUGAUUAUGAACCCGUCACCUUCUCAGAUCCAUUCACUGAUUCCUACCUGGACCUAUGCUACACCCUUCUUACAGAUGACAAGAAUACAAUUUUAAGCAAAUACAUGACCUACUUCUUGAAAGCUAAAAAUCCGAGUGUAAUAAUCAUCCUCAUGCUACUGGUUGAUGACAUGGGGACUUUCAUGAAAGUUUACAACAGUCAACACCAUGAUAGUUUCGACGAAAGUAGAAAACAUCAAAUGAAAAAUUUUCGAAAUAUGCUCAGAGUUUGGGCUGAGAGCAUCAGACCUCCUGAUGGCGAUAUUGAUCAAAAAGCUGUUGAUAAUGAAGCAGGCUCUCUAAAUGAUGAAAAACCCAAAUGGGACAAAAAUCGUGAUCAAUUGGAGAAGGUCCUCAUGAAGAGUUCUUAUAAAAUGGCUAAAGCUAUUCUAGAAAAAUAUGAAGAAAAGAAUCAACAUCCCAUCGAAGAUGACAUAAGAGCCACAAUAAAGAAUCCAUAUCUUGUAGAUGCUUACUGUUCUUUAGCUACUUAUAUAAAGGACAAAUACACCUGUUUGGCAAGGAAACUGCAUGAACAAAGUGACAAUGAAGAUCAUUUUGCCACAUGGAAUAUUUUGGUAGGAACUCUCAAAUCAGAUGAAUGGAAACAGAUUGAUACCAGUUUCAAGCGUGAAAAUGAUAACAUUGGAGUUGUGGAAUUCAUUUCACAUAACAUCAAAGGAGAUUUCGUGCUCAUGGAAACAUUGGCUUAUCUUAUAGAUUCAACUUACAAACCAAAAUUUCUCGGUGUUCCAGCACCAAUAGCAACACCAAAGGUACCCUCAUCUCCAUCCCAGCCAGUAUCUCAUUUAAAUGUUCCAACACCCCCUUCAGUGCCAUCGACAACAGUGGUGACACCGCCACCAUCACAGACAACAUCAACAAAUCCUUCCAUGUAAUUACUACA